AUAAUAAUUAAUAAAUACAUUUGUAAACUAAAAAGGUAUAUUCUGCCUCUUCAUCAUUUAAUUCCAUUAUUCAAGAAUAGAACAGUUCUAUUCUAUAUAUCAGUGUGUGUAAUGAAAGUGAAAAUGUAAUCGCCAUCUACGCUAAUUCGCGCAAAAUUUAAAAGAUUUAUUAAUCGUAUAAAUUAUAGAUUUUUAUGUAAAUAAUGAAAUAUUAAUUUCUUAUAUAUAUUUCAAUAUGUACAAUUGUUGGACAUAUAAAAUAUAUAUUUCACGAACCGAUCGUACUUCCAGUUACAUUAGCCUGUGUAUUUUUCACAUUCAUUAAAAAAUGAUGUACUAAAUGACAAAAGUACAAUUUCCGUUGUAUACAGAUAUAUAGAUCACAAACUAAUUUAUGAUAUAUUUUAUUCCUCUCUGUCCUUAGUUUUUCAUAGAAUUGACAAUAACAGAACAAUUUUUAGGUUAUGAGUGAUUAAAUAAGUCAUUAUUUAAACGUUUUUUUAAUUACUUAACUGCAUUAUUAUAUUAUAUAGUAUUUCCUUUUAUUUAGUGAUAUCGUCUUACAAAAUUAUUAAUUUAAAAAAAAAUAUCAAAAACUUAAAUGCUUUUUUUACAAGUUCAUCAAUUCAAAAAAGAAAAUGUAUCCGAAAAGAAUUGUUAAAAAAAUACCAGGGGAUAUACCACCACCAACAAAAAAAGAGAAUCAAGGACAUAUUGACGAUUUAGCUAAUAAACCAAAGAUAGAAUUAGAAGAACUUCUAGAUAGACAAAAUAAAAUACUAGCAAAUAGAAAAUUCAUUUCAAUGCUUCCCGAUAAAGGGGAAAAAAUCAUAGCAUUUCGAGAUAAAUUAUUAAAUAUACUCAAUAAUCAAAAAGAAAUAGAUAAAGCAGCUGUACUUCUUUCAAGACUGAAUAUAGCAUCUGAAGGAAAAGCAGCAAUGAAUGAAUUAGAAUGGACAGGUUCUUAUUCAGAGGAAAUUCAUAAAAAUAAAAUCAUUGAAUUGGAUAGUGAUGAUGAAGAAGAUCCAUUAAAGAUUUUAGCACAACCUACAGGAACUGGUGUACAUAAAAAGAAAGUUAUACAUUUACAACCAGUGGAAUCAUUAAUAAAGCCAGAAGACAUAGAAGAAAUUGAAUCUUUUAAAAACGAAACAUCUCCAGAACCAAUACAUGUAAAAUAUGUUAUUGAUAAAGUUGAAAAAUCUCAGGAAAAAAAUUUAUUAAAAAGGGAACCGUUUAAACCAUAUAAAACUAGUAAGAGUAAUGUUCAUGAUCCAGAGAAAGAGAAAGAAAGAAAAUAUACAAAAUAUUGGGAAAUUACUGCUGCUACUCCACCUCAUAUAGUACAUGGUGCUAUAAAGCCUUUAAGUUUGAAUGAAUCUUUACAAUUGCAAAGAGAACAUGUUAAAAAGUUACAGGAAAUGCAAGCAAAACAUGCAGCAGAACGAUUAGCGCAACAAUUAGGUUUGCAUAAUGUCGGUUAUAUACCAGAAAAUGUAGGCGAUUAUCGUAUACAUAAAGCUAUAAAGGACGAUAGUUCGUCUAGUUCUGAAAGUGAAGAAGAUGAAGUACAUGACGAUGAAGAUAAUGAUAAAGGAGGGACUAUCGUUUAUACAAUAGAUUCUAUUAAAAGUUAAACACAGAAUCAACUAAAGAUUAUAGAAACGGAAACUAUAAGUUUAACGUUCCUAAAACAAGUUGAAAUGUAAUUGUACAGUUUGUUUCAUUUUGUAAAUAAAUACUGUGAAAAAUAUUGUAUAUAUAAAUUAAAAAAAUAUUUGUAUUUUAAUAU